AACAGGCAUAAGAUGGACUCACACAAAAACUUGGAGGAUCUCGAUUUCGCCGAUGAUAUAUGUCUGAUUUCCCACAAACUGGAAGAUAUGCAAGCGAAAAGCAACAAGUUGGCAGAAGAAGCAUCAAAGAUAGGACUUCAGGUGAACAUAGAGAAAACAGAGGUGAUGAAGAUUCCUGGACAACACCAGCAACAACAGACAACAAUCAGCAUAAAUGGGAGAAAUCUGAAAGAAGCAACCUUCUUUACCUACCGAUCUGGGAAGCAUCGUUCCAACUACAGGCGGAACUGACGAGGAUAUCAAAGCAAGAAUCGGAAAAGCAAGACAAGCUUUCAUUACUCUCAAGUCUGUGCGGAGAUCAGCAGCACUCAGCAUGAAAAACAAGAUCCAGAUAUUCAACUCCAAUGUGAAGUCAGUGCUACUUACUAUAUGGAUCAGAGACUAAGCGCGUCACGAAGGGCACUUCGAACAAACUACGGACCUUCAUCAACAACUGUCUUCGCUCAAUACUCAAGAUCAGAUGGUCAGAAAAGAUCAGCAACAGGGAUCUCUGGGAGCAAACCAACCAAGAACCGAUUGUGCAACAAAUAAGCAGGAAGAAAUGGAAGUGAAUUAGCCAUACUCUGAGGAGACCAUCAAGUGACAUCACUAGACAAGCCCUCGAGUGGAAUCCGAAUGGGAAGCGGCGAGUUGGUC